CAGGCUCUGCGGGUACCCCCCGUUCUACGACGAGAACGAUGCCAAGCUCUUCGAGCAGAUCCUGCGGGCCGAGUACGAGUUCGACUCGCCCUACUGGGACGACAUCUCGGACUCGGCCAAAGAUUUCAUCCGGCACUUGAUGGAGAAGGACCCCAAAAAGCGCUUCACGUGCGAGCAAGCCCUGCAGCACCCCUGGAUCGCCGGGGACACGGCCCUGGACAAGAACAUCCACCAGUCGGUGAGCGAGCAGAUCAAGAAGAACUUUGCUAAGAGCAAGUGGAAGCAAGCCUUCAACGCCACGGCCGUGGUGAGGCACAUGAGGAAGCUGCAGCUGGGAACCAGCCAGGAGGGCCCCGGGCAGCCGACGCUGAGCAGCCCCUGCCACGGCCAGCGCCUGGGGGGGGGCUCCAGCAACGGUGAGCCCUGACGCCCCCCCCCCCCCCCCCCCCCCCCC